AUGGCUGAAGCACUUGUUUCUUUUAUCUUGGAGCAGUUGGCUUCAAUCGCUCGUCAACAAAUUGAGCAACAGUGGACGCUGGUGGUGGGUGUUGAUGACAACGUCUGUAAGCUCACCAGCAAUUUUCAAUCCAUUAUGGCUGUCCUUGAAGAUGCGGAGAGCAGACAAUUCAAGGAUCGUGCUGUGAGGGAUUGGUUGGAUAAGCUUAAAGAGGCAUCUUAUGAUCUAGAUGAUGUGUUGGAUGAGUGGAACACUUCUAUUGGGAAAAUCCAACUUAAGGAAGUUAGAAAUGCCUCCAAGCCUAUGAUCACAAAGGUAUGUUCCCUCAUCCCUUGUUAUAGCUUUUGUUUUAGAAAAGUUAUCUUGCCUUGUGCCAUUGCUCGCAAGAUAAAAAGUCUAAAUAAAACUAUAGAUGUUAUUGUUACGGAAAAAAAUAGGUUUGGUUUUAGUUUGACAGAACGCAGUAUCGAAAUAAGACGACCAAUGACUACAUCUCUUAUUGAUGUGCCAAUGGUCCAUGGAAGAGAUGAUGAUAAGGAUAAAUUAUUAAACAAGUUGUUGAAUGAGGGUAGUCAAGAACCAGCCAUCUCUAUCAUUUCUAUUGUAGGGAUGGGAGGGAUAGGUAAGACUACUCUUGCUCGACUAGCUUUUAAUAAUGAUAAAGUAAAAGCCCAUUUUGAUGAAAGGAUAUGGGUAUGUGUCUCGGAACCUUUCGAUGAGACAAGGGUUGCAAAAGCAAUCCUCGAACCUCUUCUAACAAAUCCUUUAGAAAGGCCACCGGUUGAAUUAGAAAAUAUUUUGCAAAAGAUAAGCAAAUCUCUAGAGAGAAAGAAGUUUUUUCUCGUCCUAGAUGAUGUAUGGACUGAGGAUCCCAAAGAUUGGGAGCAAUUGAUGAUUGCCUUGAAGCAUGGCUCUCAAGGAAGUAGAAUUCUAGUUACCACACGUAAGCAAAAUGUUGCCAAAACUAUAGGAGCCACCAACACAAUCAUGUUAGGGACAUUACCCGAAAAUGAGUCUUGGUUGUUAUUUAGUCAAAUUACAUUUCCAGGUGAAACCAAUGAAAAAUUAGAAGAUAUUGGUAGAAAAAUUGUAGCCAAAUGCAAGGGCUUACCUCUUGCUAUAAAAACCUUAGGAAGCCUCUUGCGUUACAAAGCAUAUAGUGGAGAGUGGCAAAAUGUUCUAGAUAGCGAAAUGUGGGAAAUAGAAGAGGUAGAACAAGGGAUAUUUCCACCUUUACUAUUGAGCUAUUAUGAUUUGCCUUUUCCAUUGAAAAAAUGCUUCUCAUAUUGUGCUAUUUUCCCACAAGAUCAUGUGAUAGAAAAAGAUGAAUUAAUUAAAUUAUGGAUGGCUCAAAGUUACCUUAGGGAUGAGCGAAAUAAGGACAUGGAGUUAAUUGGGGAAGAAUACUUUGAAAACUUAGCAAUGCGCUCUUUUUUUCAAGACUUUGAGAGAAAUGAAUAUGAUGGUAGCAUAGAAAGAUGUAAGAUGCAUGAUAUAGUGCAUGAUUUUGCUCGAUUUCUUACAAAAAAUGAAUGUUUUAGUGUAGAGACUAGUAAUGAAAAAAGAUUGCGUAGUCUUGUGGCUAGGAGUCAAGAUCAGAGAAGUCUACUGACUACGUCCAAAUUAUUUGAUAACUCAAGUCUACGAGCAUUAAAGUUUAGCUUAAUUGGUAUUCAAGAAAUCCCUAGAGAAAUAAAAAAAAUGAUACAUUUGAGGUAUCUUGAUUUAUCUAAUAAUAUGAAUUUAAAAGAAUUGCCGAAGGAAUUGUGUGAUUUAUAUAAUCUACAAACGUUAAACAUGGCCAAAUGUUAUAAUAUAACAAAAUUACCUCAAGAGAUGGGAAAGUUAAUCAACUUGAGGCAUUUUAUUGUUGAUUUAAUUAUGAUAGAAUACAUGCCGAAAGGAAUUGAAGAAUUAACUUAUCUUCGAACUUUGAAAAAUUUUGUACUGAGUAGUAGUAGCCAUGGCGGUAAAGCAUGUAGUAUUGAAAGUUUGAAAAACUUGACAAAUCUCCGGUGUCUUGGUAUUUCGAUGUUAGAAAAUGUGAGAGAUGUGGGUAAAGUUAAGCAAGCAAACCUUAGGAAUAAGACAAACCUCCUCUCUUUAUAUUUAGAUUUUGGAAUUGAAUAUGGCCCAAUGAAAACAGAUGAGAGAUAUGAAAUGGUUCUUGAGGCCUUUGAACCACCUCCAAAUUUAGUGAAAUUACAUUUGUCUACUUAUAAGGGUAAAACUAUAUGGCCAAAGUGGAUAGUAUCAUUAACUCAGUUGAGGGAGUUAAGACUUUUUAAUUGCUACAAGUGUGAGUAUUUGCCUCCUUUAGGAAAAUUAUCAUCUCUUGAGUCACUCUUUAUAGAGGAGGCUUUAAGGGUAAAAAAAGUGGAUAAUGAAUUUUUGGGAAUAGAAAGUGAUGGCACUACCACAUCUUCUAUUGUCUUUCCCAAAUUAAAAAAUCUUGUGUUUGGUUUGAUGUUAGAAUGGAAAGAGUGGGAUGAUAUUACUUUGAGAGGAGAUGAAUUAGUUAUUACAAUUAUGCCAUCUCUUCAUUACUUGAAGAUUUAUGAGGCUCGUCGAUUAAGAACGCUGCCCAAUUACAUUCUUCAAUCGCCAACACUAAAACAAUUGGAGAUAGAGUAUUGUUUUACUCUAAGUGAGCGUUACAAUAAGGAGACAGGUGAAGAUUGGCACAAGAUCUCUCACAUUCCUGACGUCAGCAUUAAAGGAUAUAGAUGGUGA